AUGUGUGAAGUGUUGGUGAGCACCAAUCAGAUUGGAUCACUUCGUCAUCUACUGAACAGAAUUCCAAAACUUUGGUUAACUUAUGAAGCAGACAAAUUCUCAUCUGAUUAUAAUCAUCAUCAUUAUCAAAAGUGUUAUCAGAUAAAACAGUCUGAAAGUAUAACACUGAAACAAGUGUUUGAAUCACGUCAGUCAAUUAUUAAAGCUUUAGCAAUAUUAUCUUAUCAAGAUAAAAACUAUACUUUAGUAUAUCAUUUAUUAAAAUCGAAUCAUUUCAAUACAAUUCAUCAGUCAACACUUCAACAAUUAUGGUAUAAUACACAUUACGCAGAAGUACAAUUAUCACGUGAUAAACCAUUAACAGCUGUCGAUAAAUAUCGUAUCCGUAGAAAGUAUCCAUUACCGUAUACAAUAUGGGAUGGUGAAGAGAUAAUCUAUUGUUUUAAACGUAAUGUUCGAUGUCAACUGAUUGAAUAUUAUCGACAAAAUCAAUAUCCUAAUUCAACUGAAAAGUAUAAAAUUGCUUUGGACACUGGAUUAUCUUUUACUCAGGUAAGCAAUUGGUUUAAAAAUCAUAGACAACGUGAUAAAUCUUCUGAACUAACAGACACAAAUAAUCAACUUGAUCAUAAACUUUAUAUUACUAAUGACCAUUACACUAAUUCAUUGAAGAAAAGUAUCAAUCAACUUAAUCAUAACAAACGUAAAACGAAGCAUAAAUCAACAAAACAACAUUUACAAAUUAUAAAACAUGAAUCACAAAUUGAAAAAAUUGACCUAACAAGUUGCUGUUCUUUACAGGAGACUUUCCAAUCAUUCAAUGUUCAACAAUGCUGUACAGACUAUAAUAGUAUUAAUGAAAAUUUUAACUUUACUAUAGAAAAUGCUCAAAGUUUAGAAUAUAAUCAAUCAUCAAUUUUAUAUCCUGGAUCAUCAUAUCAACAUUCAUCAUGUAUUAAUUCAAAUCCAAAUAUAUAUGAUAAUUGGACAACUGAUUAUUUCAAUGUUGAACAAGGUAACCAUAACAACGAGAGGAAUGACCUUCAUUAUUGUUCUGACUAUCAUGACCAACGUAUGUAUUAUACAUAUGGAUUUAAUAAUGACAAUAAUAGUAAUAAUAAUAACGAUGAUAUAAUUGACAAAAAUCUUAGUAUCAUUAAUAACUAUGAGUAUACAACUCAGAAAAAUCAAGAGAUGAAUAAAAUAGAAGAAAUGCCUGAUACACGAUCGUACUUGUGUCUUUCAGACGAAAAAUCCAACUAUUGUAAUCUUAUCAGUGUAAAUUGUACUUAUCAGUCAAAUGUGUUAAAAUAA